AUGCUCUCCACCGUCUUCGCACUCCCAAGCCUACACACUCCGCCAACAGUGGUCUCGCACGCAGCGCUUCAUCCUCCUGAGCCCACCUCUUCCUCGUCGUCCUCUCCACGGUCGCUGGUCCGCCCUCCCGACGAGCGGCUCACCGCACUCGCCGCAGCCCACCGAGACCUGCUCGCGAUCCUCGGCACCGAUGAGGCAGCCAUCCGAGCGAGGGUGGCCGAGCGGAGGCACACUUCGAGCGCAGCGCGCCACCCGCGCUCAGGCCGCAGCCUCAGCGCCCGAUUCUUCUCCAAGACCGUCCCCAACCACCUGCCCAUCCGCGCGCACUCGGUCGUGCCUGACAGCGCGCUCUUCGUCGCAUCCGACCGCAUGUCGCGUCAGCUGCGCGGCUUGCCUCCGGCUGUGAUCGAGCGGCUCUGCCGGCGAGGAGCGGCGCUUCACCUCAUCGGCUCGCGCCAGGUCACCACCGACCUCCCCGAGCACCGGCACCUCCGCGGCGUGCGCGGAGCCGUGCCGGGCGAGGUGGCGGAGGACGAGGAGGCGCGGCGGCUCGCCGAGUCGGUGGGGCGAGACCGCGCGGCGCUGUCGCCCGAGCUCGAGCGGCGGCGGCGGCGGCUUCUCCCCUCCUCGCAGAUGACCCUCGACGAGCGAUCGCGAGGCAUGGGCGGGCUGCAGGCUUUACGCCACAAGACUACACUGCACCAAGCGGACCCUCGCUACCGCGGGCGGUGCGUCCUCUCGCACGAGCUCUCGCACACGGUGAUGGACCACGGCCUGCCCGCGGCGGCGAGGGCCGCAAUCACGGCCUGCUGGGAGGGCGCGUGGCGCAAGGGGCUGUGGCGGAGGCCGGACGGCUCUUGCGCGUACGCCGCGUCGGCGCCGGAGGAGUACUUUGCGGAGCUGUCGAUGUGGUACUGGGGCAGCCACGGCGAGUUUGUGGACGACGCCAACCGGCUGCCCACUCCUGGCCCGUGGGGCCUUGCGCGUUAUGACCCGGAUGGCUUCGCGCUCGUUGGCGCCUUGUGGAGCGGGCGGCACGCCUCCCUCGCGCCCGGGGCCGCCUCCAACGAGACGGCGUGCAAGCUGCGUGCGGUGCGACUCGCGCGCCCCGCCUCCGACCCGCAGGGCGCGCAGCCCGUCGAGAUGGAGGUGGACAACUCGCGCGGAGAGACGGACCUCUACCUCGCCUGGAUCAACGGCAGCGGCGUCGCGCACUCGUACGGCGUCGUCGCGGCACAUUCGUACCACGUGCAGCGCACCUUCAGCGGCCACGUGUGGGAGAUCUCGCGGGUCGCGCCGCCCGGCGGAGGCGAGGAUCGCGCCAGUUCCGGAUCGCGCCGCUUCCGGAUCAGCCGCCACAGUCUCAACCUCAUCGACGCGGCGGUCGCGUUUGGCGACGAGGUGGGUGCCGGCGGACCUGUAAUAAGUGGAAGCGGGUCCGAGGCGUGA